AUGGAGAAGACAGACGCAGCCAGCCAGCCAACCAAACCCGAUGGGGAGAGGGAGCAGCCCCGCAGCCUCCCCUACUCCCUGGAGACGCCGUAUGGCUUUCACUUGGACCUGGACUUCCUGAAGUAUGUGGAUGACAUCGAGAAAGGGAACACCAUCAGACGGGUGCACAUCCACCGGAAAGCCAAGCAGCCCAAAUUCAGCACCCUGCCCCGAAAUUUCAGCCUGCCUGAGAACGGCUGCCGCGGAUGCACGUCUGCUCCCAGCAAGAGCUGGACAGCGACCUGCUCCUUCCCCCAGCGAAAGGCGUCCCUGGGGGCUGAAGAGGCCCCCCAUCCCCUCCUGCCCAACGAGCUGACCCUUCCCGAAGAGCCGAGUUACCGGAGAAAAGCCCUUUUGGCGGAGACGUGGCGGCAGCUGCAGGUGCUGAUGGAGAGUGGAGGCGAGGAGGGUGAUGCAACUGAGGCCAGUGGUUGCUCUGCCUUGGCCAAGGGUGAACCAGCCCCACCAGAUGCCCUCCAGCUUACAGAGGAUAUCACAAACCCUGGGGAAGGGGAGUUAAGUGUGAGUGAAAUUGCUCUGAAUGUGCUAGAGAAAUGUGAGGAUGGGAGUGUCCAGGAUGGAGAGGACAAGGAGGGCUGUGGUUCUCAGCCUCAGGACACAGGAGAGCCCAGCAGCAUCACUGCUCUGAAGCAGCAGGUUGCUGCUCUGGAGGAGCAGCUUAGCAAGAAGAAGGAAGAGCUGGAGCAGAUCAAGGCAGUGUUGGAGCAGCAGGAUCAUGAGAUCAAGGAGAAGGAGAAAAGCAUUAAGUUACUGGCCAGAUCCAAAGCUCAACUGGAAGAGAAGCUGUGCCAGGAAAACACCCAGGAGUCCAAGCCACCGUCCAGGAGGAGCAGCGAGGCUCUGCAGUGCUCUGAUGCUGCGGUCAACACCGACCUCUCACAGGUAACUGGAGCCAAGCAAGCCCAUGAUAAAGGCAUCAACGUAAAUAUCCCAGUCUCCACCAGAUCCAUAGGAUGCAGUGUCCGCAGAGCAGACAAUGCCCAGGCCAUGGAGUGGGGUGUUCAGAGAGAUCAGGGACUGGCAGACACUUGCGCCAGUGUCAGUGGAGAAGGAGCUGGACAUUUUGGGGAAGCCGACGUUGAGGCUGGCCUUCACACACCGUGCUUCACCCAGCUGAAGAUUGAUGAGCACCUCAGCGAUGACAAUCAAAAUCACAGGAAUGACCACGACAGCCAGAGUCUCACGGCUGGUGCAGCGACAGCAGAAAGCUGUCAAGGAGCAAGAAUUGGCUCAAAUCCAGAAGAAAAUGAAGCAGGCUUUGGUGAAGAUGAACCUCAAGAAGGGCUGCAAGAGGAAAGUCCCCAUGACCACAAGGAUCUCCCUGCUGCUGACCCCAUUGGCCAAUAUGUAAAAAAAAUCCAGGAGCUUUUGCAGGAGCAGUGGCUGUGCCUGGAGCACAGCUACCCUGAGUUAGCCAGCGCCAUCAAGCAGCCAGCCUCCAAGCUCAGCUCCAUCCAGAACCAACUAGUUAAUUCCUUAAACUCAUUGCUGUCUGCCUACUCCACCCAAGGGCCAACUGAUAAGGAAAACUCAAACACACACUAUCAACAGUUGGAAAUCUCUCCAACCACAAGUCUUAAAUCUAUCAUGAAAAAGAAAGGUUGUGGUUUCCAUGCAGGAGGCAAUGGGACCAAAAAGAAUCUGCAGUUUGUUGGGGUAAAUGGUGGCUAUGAGACGACUUCAAGUGAAGACACAAGUUGUGAAGACAGCCCAUCAGAUGGGGAUGUGGAGAGCGACACUGAGAGAAGAGCUGAUGAGUUGGAGCCUACACAGGGAAAGGCUGGAGCUGAAAGCAAGGAGGCUUCAUCAGGAACCUCCUCACAGGAGACACAUGACGAUGAUGACCCACAGGAGCCAUCGACAGAAGCAGCACCUUGCACUGAGCACAAGGCUGACAGAUGCAAACCCUCUGAAGAUUUCCUCGCUGCCUGCCAGCUCCUCAGCGAGCACCUCUCGGAAAUCAGGACCACAAGCGACAAGCAUCUGCGGCACGUCCUGAGCAGUGUCUGCCAGGAGUGGUUCCGGGUGUCCAGCCACAAGACUUCCAGCCCAGAGGUGGUUGCAGCGUAUCUGGAGGCGCUGGGGAGCAUCCAGCCCCAGCUGCUGGCCAUGCUGGUGAACCUGGCUGACAGGAAUGGCAACACAGCUCUUCACUACAGCGUUUCCCACUCCAACUUCCCAAUUGCAAAGCUCCUGCUGGACACAGGCCUGUGCCGCCUGGACCUGCAGAACCGCGCCGGCUACACCGCCGUGAUGCUCACCCCCCUGGCGGCCGCCGAGACGGCCGAGGACAUGGAGGUAGUGAUGAAGCUGCUGAAGGAGGGGGACGUCAACCUGCGAGCUGCCCAGGGGGGCCAGACUGCCCUGAUGCUGGGGGUCAGCCAUGAGCGGGAUGACAUGGUGAGAGCCCUCCUGACCUGCCAGGCUGAUGUCAACCUGCAGGAUGAGGAGGGGACAACAGCCCUGAUGGUGGCCUGCAGGCAGGGCAAUGCUGACAUGGUCCGGCUCCUCCUGGCCCAGCCCGGCUGCCAGGUCGCACUGACAGACAAGGGCGGGAACUCGGCCCUGUCCUUGGCCCGCGGGGACAUCGCGGCGCUGCUGCGAGCCCACACCGAGCAGAGCCCGUCCCUCUCCUGA